AUGGCAACCACUGUCGGACCUGAGAGUAUGAUGAUAGCCACAAGUACACAGGUUUUGGACGAGCCCUCGAUGCAAGCGAUUUCUCUUCCAGUAAUGCUGGAUAAUUCUACUUCCUCAACAUCAUCAUUCUCCGGACCACACUCUCCACGAACGAUGCCUCCACUACCAAACCCACCAUUCGUCUUCCCGGCAAGGCCCUCUUCGGCCUCUGCACCGUCAUCCUUCUCGAGAGCAACUGGGCGACGUCCGCUGUCCGCCAUCGAAAUUCAAGACCGAUCGACCUUCAACAUGAACUCAGAAGCAGCAGAUCGGCCGUCAAGAUCACCCGCGCUCCCCAACUUUACCUUCAAUCCCGGCGCUUCGUUGUCUCCAGAUACAUCCCUCUUGCUUAGCCCGCCUCUAUCCCCUCCGCCUGUGUCCCCGAGACUAGCGGCAUCACCUGCAAGACCAACUGGAGUUGGACACAGGAGAGGAGGGAGCGAGUUUGUAGGAGGAAGCAUCCGUUCUGGAGAUUCCAUCACCGUAACUGGCACAAGCCCAACGAGAUCCGAGAGUGGUUUUGCGUCCCCAAACUUCCAAUUGCCCCCGAAGCCUCCAGGCGGUCGUGGCCACAAACACAGACGCUCUGCUGCGCUCUCAAGCCAUGACCUAUCUCUCAUUGUCCAGCCUUCAGCGUCCGGUAACCUCAGGGGCAACAGUGCUCCUACAAGCCCGGCUGAAUUUGAUCGGCGUUUAGACCAUCACAAUGCGGGUCUGGUCGAGAAGACUCUGAAGGGUGUUGAAUCCGAACCAGCCCUCAGAGUGCCCAGAGAACUUACCAGGCCAGUCACUGCAGAUUCGGGUUCAUCAAGUGGCAGGGCUUCUCCCGCAGCCAGGCCAGUCACGCGUGCUCGUGUUGGGUUCUCUGAUACCCUCGAGUUCAUCCCACGCCCGCUAUCAAUGGUGUCAAGCGAUACUUCUAGCACAGUUACAGCUCGACCCGGAGGGCAUUCGGUAUCUGGAAGCAUUUCGUCCAUCAUUUCCAUCCCAACGACAACUACACAUGUGGAGACCGAGCCUAUUAUUCCUCUGGUACUUACACCUUCUCGCCAGAACAACGAGUCCAGGCCUAGCACUGCUGGGGCGGUUUUGGAACGAUCCCAGAGCAUCCAAUCAGUCGGGGCAUCGCCAAGGAGGAGAAACUCCAUCCCUACCCUAAUCAACGUGCCUGAAGCAGGCUCUGUAGGCCCCCCGAUGCCUAGUCCAACCAAGACUCCCAAGAGGUGGUCAUUCUUCGGAUUGGACCCUUUCAACGCAACUGCGUCACCACUCCGCACGAGACCCGUGAGCUCGAGUUCUUCAGAUUCUGGAUCCAAGCCAACCAGCUCAUCUUCCUCAUCAACCUCAGAGCCCAACUCGGAAUCGGUUGGCUUCUCAGAAUUUUCGGACCACGCCGGCCAGAGAGCAGACGGCAAGAAGUCCAAGAAGAAGAAGAAGGUCAAGAACUGGGCCGGAUCAAUUCUAGCACGAAAGAGUAAACCGCGGAACAAGAAGUGCAAAGACCUGGAUCUCACGGGCGAUUCUGCCCGCCAGUUCGAGACGAUCGAGCAGAAGGAUGAACCCCUCACACUCUUGAUGGAACCGGAAGUGAACGUCGAACCGGUCACACCUACACUCAUGGUGACGGAUACAUCCAGCCAACCUCAGAGCUUACAAGAAUGGAAGCCGCGCUCUGCCUCGGCCCAAGACGACACAUCUUUCCCCAUGAUUGAUCUGGAUGCUGCGCUGGGUCCUUUCAACACGCCUCUUGCGAAUAACCCUGAAUGGGACGCCGCCCAAAAAGCCGCAGCCUCCACCAAGCGCCAGCUGCACAGCGCACAGGGUAUGAAAGGCUUCAGCGGGCCAGGAAUGCACUACCACCGUCGCGCUGAAAGCGCCCCUGAGAUGGUACCAUUCGAUGUGGGCCGAUUUGGCAUACAUCGUUUUGGCAGCAGCUCGACAAUGGCCGACGUAUUCGAGGAGGACGAAGAAGACGACGAGCACCCUGGCAAGUGCGCAUCACUGUACACGAGCAGUCGUGCCAACAGAGGCGAUUUCAACGACAGUGCGGAAUCCUCUGGCGACGAGGCGACACCGCCCGCUGUCAACAAAGUCCAGCAGCCCAUUCUCGACGAUGUUUCUAUCAGCGGCCCUGAUGGCAGCAUCAGCCGUGAUCAGGUCACUGGUACGGACGCACCGAAAGUAGAAGCCAAGAUGAGCGCGGAGACAGCGCCCAUUCCCCUGCAAGAGGACGUCAUUGUUGAAGAGCCCUUUGCCCAGAUCCCCGAGUUCCGUACCGGUUCCAUCUUCAACGAAAAAGCAGAGUCUACUGGUUCCGCAACCCCGUCUCCGCGCAGAAUUCUCGCCAGCAAGGACUUGGCCCCUGUCGACGUUAGUCCCCUCCACCUGCCGACUGCUUCGCACGUUCCCGUCAGCCCCUAUUCAAUGAGCCACGCCUCAUCCUUCCCAUCACCCCGUUCGCCCAUGUCAUAUGACGCUCAGCGGAUUUCUACGGCACCAUCUUCAGUCAAUGAGGAGAAUAACUUCCAAUCUCUACUUCUCGGGGAGCCGGGCCCAGAAGUCAGGCUUUCCGUAGAUAUACCGUCAUUGACCUCCAGUCACUCGACCAUGACAAGGGACAGCUCCUUUGCCACCAGCUCUCAAUUGAGACAGGAGCCCAUACGACCCGACCAACAGCGGCCGGUCUCAGUAUCUUCAGCAGCAUUCGGGCGGCGGCGAUCCAGCCUUGCCAGUCUGAGUAGACUUAUCAGCAGUUCUCAUGGGGAGCGAAGCAAGCUAUCAAUGGAGGUCUCAUACGAUGGCGAGGGUGACAAGAAGCACAAGUCCAGCAAAUCGAAACGACUCAGCCGGAUGAUGCGAUUCUGGAAGCCCAGCAAAGAGGAGGCUGCAUCCUAA